CCGGCGGGCAGCGCGGUCUCUGGCUCCCUCGCUCGCUCUCCGCUCUCAGGGGAAGCCAAGCCGGGGAGCCCCGGUGACCCGCCCUCCAAGAUGAAGAAGCUCCAGGGAGCUCACCAUCGCAAGCCCAUUACCCCAGACCUGCUGAUGACCCCCAGUGACCAGGGUGAUAUAGACCUGGAUGUGGACUUUGCCGCCGACCGGGGGAACUGGACGGGCAAACUGGACUUCCUGCUCUCCUGCAUCGGCUACUGUGUGGGCCUGGGGAAUGUGUGGCGCUUCCCCUACCGAGCCUACACCAACGGAGGAGGCGCCUUCCUCGUGCCCUACUUCCUCAUGCUGGCCAUCUGUGGCAUCCCCCUCUUCUUCCUCGAGCUCUCCCUGGGCCAGUUCUCCAGCCUGGGACCCCUGGCCGUCUGGAAGAUCAGCCCCCUCUUCAAAGGUGCCGGCGCCGCCAUGCUGCUCAUCGUAGGCUUGGUGGCCAUCUACUACAACAUGAUCAUCGCCUACGUCCUCUUCUACCUCUUCGCCUCCCUCACCAGCAACCUGCCCUGGGGGCACUGCGGCAACUGGUGGAACACGGACCUCUGCCUCGAGCACAGAGGCUCCAAGCACGGCAAUGGAGCCCUGCCCCUCAACCUCACGGGCACCGUCAGCCCCAGCGAAGAGUACUGGAGCCGCUAUGUCCUCCACAUCCAAGGCAGCCGCGGCAUCGGCAGUCCCGGGGAGAUCCGCUGGAGCCUCUGCCUCUGCCUGCUGCUGGCCUGGGUCAUCGUGUUCCUCUGUAUCCUCAAGGGCGUGAAGUCCUCCGGCAAGGUGGUAUAUUUCACGGCCACAUUCCCCUACCUCAUCCUGCUUAUGCUGCUGGUCCGAGGAGUCACCCUCCCAGGGGCCUGGAAGGGUGUCCAGUUCUAUCUCACCCCUCAGUUCCACCAUCUGUUGUCGUCCAAGGUGUGGAUCGAAGCUGCUCUUCAAAUCUUCUACUCCCUGGGCGUGGGCUUCGGGGGCCUCCUCACUUUCGCCUCCUACAAUACGUUUCACCAGAACAUCUAUAGAGACACCUUCAUCGUCACCCUGGGCAACGCCGUCACCAGCAUCCUGGCCGGCUUCGCCAUCUUCUCCGUGCUGGGCUACAUGUCCCAGGAGCUGGGGGUGCCCGUGGACCAAGUGGCCAAAGCAGGCCCCGGCCUGGCCUUUGUCGUCUACCCACAGGCCAUGACCAUGCUGCCUCUGUCGCCCUUCUGGUCCUUCCUUUUCUUCUUUAUGCUCCUGACUCUUGGCUUGGAUAGCCAGUUUGCCUUCCUGGAGACUAUUGUGACAGCUGUGACGGACGAGUUCCCAUAUUACCUGCGGCCCAAGAAGGCUGUGUUCUCGGGGCUCAUCUGCGUGGCCAUGUACCUGAUGGGGCUGGUCCUCACCACCGACGGGGGCAUGUACUGGCUGGUGCUUCUGGAUGACUACAGCGCCAGCUUCGGGCUAAUGGUGGUGGUGAUUACCACGUGCCUCGCCGUCACCCGGGUGUAUGGCAUCCAGAGGCUCUGCCGGGACAUCCACAUGAUGCUGGGCUUCAAGCCGGGCCUGUACUUCCGGGCCUGCUGGCUGUUCCUGUCCCCGGCCACGCUUCUGGCCCUGCUGGUCUACAGCAUCGUCAAGUACCAGCCCUCAGAGUACGGCAGCUACAGAUUCCCGGCCUGGGCAGAGCUGCUGGGCAUCCUGAUGGGCCUGCUGUCCUGCCUCAUGAUCCCCGCCGGCAUGCUGGUGGCUGUGCUCCGGGAGGAGGGCUCGCUCUGGGAGCGGCUCCAGCAGGCCAGCCGACCGGCCAUGGACUGGGGCCCGUCGCUGGAGGAGAACCGGACUGGCAUGUACGUGGCCACGCUAGUGGGGAGCCAGUCACCCAAGCCACUGAUGGUGCACAUGCGCAAGUACGGGGGCAUCACCAGCUUCGAGAACACUGCCAUCGAGGUGGACCGCGAGAUUGCCGAGGAGGAGGAGUCUAUGAUGUGAGACGGGAAGCAGGUGGACAGCCUGCCCAGCCGCAAAGGGCAGUUGUGCCCUGCGGGGUUCUUAGAGGCCCCGAGGCUGUGGGAGGUUGCCACGGCGAUGCUGGUCCCCAGUGCAAGUCCUUUCCUGUGGCCUCUGCCUCUCCUCCGUCUACCUUCUCCACGCGCGUGCACAAACCCACUCAGAGCUCAGCCCUCGUUUCGCAGAUGGGUGAACUGAGGCCAGGGAGGAGGGACUUGCCCAAGGUCACGUGGCGGAGGGGACUGGACAACCAGCUCCCUUUCUCAUGUGGCGGGUGGCGGCAUCUUCUCAUGUCUGUUCAGGGCCCAGACUCCUCCCUUUUCUAGGGGAGCCCGCCCCAUGCACUUCCAACAGCCAGAAUCUGAGCUGGGCAGGGACCCUCAGGGCAAGGCAAGGCCCACGAGGCCCCAGGCAUCAUGGGUUAGCAAGUCAAGCGGGAGAAGGACCUCUGUGGGCUCAGGUGCCCGCCAGGUUUCCUGAAGGCCCUGGAGGGUGGGGCAAGUUGGGAGGGAGAGAGGAAGAGGAGGGCAGGGGAUGGAGGCCCCCAUGUAGCCCCUGUGCCUCCCCUCAAGCCCGGGGCAGAGACCAAGGUGUUACCAGGUUAUAGCAGGGUCCAGGGGGACUGAGGGGGAGGGGAGGAGGGACUAGGGGUGGGCAGGGGUUUGCAUGAUCUGGUUAUGCUUUAGAUAGAAUAUCUUUCAGGGUCAGUGUGCAGGGUAGAUCAGAGGGUACAGGGUGAAGGAGGCGGGCCUGUGGAGGGCAGGCAAGAGGGGCGGUGGCCUGAGUAAGGGGGUGGGGUGGGGAAAAGAGGAGGACCCCACACUUCCCUCCCACCCCCCAGAAAAGGGCCCACAGCUUCCCACCUUGGACCCCCAACCUCUGGUGUAGGGAGCCCUGGGCACGAUAAGGACAGAGGACACAGGUGGAGAGGUGGCAGUGAGGGGUCCUAGUCAGGACCCCCAGCCUUUGCAUCCCCUUCUCCCUGCCCUGGCGGCCCUCACUGUCUCCUCCAGCUCCAGGCAUUGCUGGGAAUUUGGCCUUGGCUAUGGACGACCAAGGCAACUAAGAGUCUUGGAGAUGGUCUGCAUACGUGGCUGUCUGGUCCUGAUGCUGCCCACCCUACCCUAGGACAUGAGUCCCUGGGCCCAGGCAUGGGGGUGGGGCCAGAGAGCCCAAGGCAGCUGACUCCUCAGGCCCGUGGCCAGAGGGCUUGCAUCUUCAGUCCCAGGCACAGGAGGGGUUGUCCUGGGCGCCCUCCACCCCCGCCCCUGGUCACCUGAUGAGAGUGGGGCCUGCGAAUGCCUGAGUAGAGCUUCCGCACACACGGUGCUCCCCAGCGGGGCGGGGCACCCACGUGCAGCUGGGCCGGCCUCUGUGCCCGAUCUUUCUCCUGCUGUCUCCCCAGCCCGUAUGUGUUCCGUUGGUUUGUUGUCAAUAAACACCAAUGAGGUCA